GUAGAGCACAUAAACCCGGCUGAACCAGGAAGUGAAGUUACGUGUGGUUGAGUGAUUCGAGCGUGCAGCAUCUCCGAGCUCUGUGCUUAGCAGCUGUGACAGGAUAAGAAGAUUUACGUUUAAUUUCCACAUGGCCUCUGAACAUCUGCAGCCCCUACCUUUUGCACUGAGCCUGUCGACUGGUUAUUCCAGGAGAGUUUAGUGGCAUGCUGGUGAACAGCCUACUUGUGCAGGCUGUGUUCUGCAACUUAAGUAAAGAGAGAGGGGCACCUUUCAUCCACCUCAGUAGGGGGCUAUGAGUUCCCUUGUAGCAUACGAAGAUUCUGACAGUGACGAUGACUUGACACAGGCUGCGCUCCCUAAAAGUGCAAGUGUGGAUUCCCAGCUGCCCUGUGCUUCUCACUUUGCAAAGAUGGACGUCAAGGCAGUAAGUCAUGGAGACGCUUUUUGUUCAGCAUCCGCCCUCCAGCCUAGAGGGACAGAAAUACCACACAGGGACCUCCCUCCUGACUGGCCCCAGGAGAUCAGUUCUACCCCCUGGGCUGCUCCAGUGGGUUUGAAAAGCAGCACUCAGGGAUUGCAGUCCUCCGCUCUGCUGUCUCGGGGCUUGGGGGACGCGAUUGCUCGGAAGAGGCCUCAGGUUGCAGUGGGAGCCGUGAAGCCAUACGUGCCCAAGAGGCAGAGGAUGGGACAGAUGCCUGAGCAUGACACAGAGACAGCCCUACAGACUGAGAUUCCUGCAGCAGGGGCCACAGACUCCAAGCUGCUCACUGAGGUGUCUGAUAGCGUCCGGCCGUAUCUGGGACGAAAGACUGGCAGAACAGAACUCCCGAGACAUGCCCGGCUCCAUAUCCAGGCUCAUCAGGGACCUGUGAACAAUGUGCAGUGGUGCCCAGUACCACAGUUCAGUCACCUCCUGCUGUCUGCCUCCAUGGACAAAACUGUGAAGGUGUGGGACGGAGCCGGAAGUGGGCGCCUCUUACGUCGCUGCUCCUCUCACACCGAGGCGGUGCGGGAUGCGUGCUGGGCUCCCGGAGGGAGACACGUCCUUAGCGGCUCUUUUGAUUCCACGGCACAGCUGACGGAUGUGGAAACAGGACAGCAGGUAGCCAACCUCCGGAGCCAGUUUAAAGUGACCUGUCUUGCCUUCCAUCCCCGGGACCCCAAUGUUUUUCUUUGUGGGGGGUUCAGCCCUGAAGUCAAAGCCUGGGAUGUCAGAAGCUGCAAGGUUGUCCGCGGAUACCAGGCUGGGGUUCAGCAGACAUUGGAUAUUCAGUUCCUUGCCGGAGGGCAGGAUUUUGUGACGAGCACAGACUCUGUCAGCAGGGACUCGGCUGACCGCACUCUCAUUGCCUGGGAUUUUCAAACCACAGCGAAAGUGUCCAAUCAGAUUUACCACGAGCGAUAUACAUGCCCCAGCCUUGCUCUGCACCCGCAAGAAGAUUUCUUCGUUGCACAGACAAAUGGAAACUACAUAGCACUUUUUUCAGCACAGCGGCCUUAUAGGAUGAACAAAAGGAAACGCUAUGAAGGCCACAAGGUGGAGGGGUAUGCUGUAGGCUGUGAAUUCUCCUCAGACGGAUUGUUCCUGGUCACUGGGAGUUCUAGUGGCACGGUACAUUUCUAUAACUAUCAGAGCUCCAGGCUGAUCAAGACUCUGUCUGCACACAAACAGGCCUGCGUCUGCGUGACUUUCCACCCUGUGAUGCCAGCUGUAGCGGCUACAUGUGACUGGAGUGGAGAAAUCAAUAUCUGGCACUGAAUGUUUUGACAGGAGCAAUUGGAGCACUGCCACUGAGGAUUAGACAUGCUCACAAACUCACACUUCCUUUGGGGCUGAGGAGGAGGGCUGCAAGAGUUUUCUCUUAUAAGAGUGUUAUUCAUUUUUAAGGCCAUCUAGGAAGAGUUUUAUGAUUUAGUUUUUUCUGAUUGUGUCUUUUAAUUUACUGCCCACACCUUACUGUGUCCACAGAGUUAAAUCUCAUGGGGAUUUACAGAAAGAUGGUUUAGCUGCACAGUACACAGAAAGGAAAACCUUCCCAAAGAGGUAUUGAAAUGACUGUAAUCUGAAAAUGAAUUCAAUCCCCUGAUCUCAAAUCAGUUUCCAGAAGACCUAGUAUCUUCUGCUUUUUGUUUGAGACCGAGUCUCUUAAAUGAUUAAUUAUUUUCUUGGUUAUCCAUACAGUUUUUCUCAAGGUUCUUAACAGUUGAUCAUUCAAACCAUUCAGUUCAGUAAAGGUACCAUUAUCUAUAAAACACACCUCUGAACCUGGUUAAAAAUAUUAAAUUAUGUAUUUAUUUUAUGUUAGAUCAAUACUUUACAACUGAGAGCUUGUGGUGAACAAUAACCAGAAGAUACCAGACUAGAGGACUCUAACAAAGCCUCAGCUCUGUGGAAUUGACUGUGAGACUUCUGGCUCAAGCUUUGAAGUCAGUAUGCUCCAGUUUUCUUUAUGCUCCGGCUGUUGAACACCAAUCUCUGGGGAUUCAGGAAAUAGUUUGCUAGCAGCAUCACCUGGCUGUGAACUGGCAACGGCUAUGCUUUACUCUAUGCGCUGUUCUGGGAGCAUCAUAGGCAGCAAGAAACAAAAAAAGAUAUCUUGCGUGACAGCUUUUUCAGAACCCAACUGAAGUACCUGUGAGGUUUAACAGUUGUUUUCCUUGCCUGUGUUCAGCCCUUCUUUUACUUUCAUGCAGAUGGCUUUUGAGGCCAGUGGCAGAAUGCCAGACCAUCUUCCAUCUGAUCCGGCUCUGGUGACAGUACAGUCCGGGCUCCAGAUAUAUGGCAGGAGAGUUUAUUUUAAGCACAAGAAGAAUCUCAGUUUCUGCCAUACCUAAUAGAAUGACUCCUUUGAAUUCUGUGUGCCUUUGGAAUAUUAUUUUUCUCCAUAGAAAUGGACUUUUCUCCAUAGAAAUGGACCGUCAC